AUGGAAAAGUAUCAGAAAUUGGAGAAGGUUGGUGAGGGGACUUAUGGGGUGGUUUAUAAGGCCAAAGAUAGUCAGGGUCGAAUUGUGGCUUUGAAGAGGAUUCGAUUAGAUGCCGAGGACGAGGGAAUUCCUUCUACAGCAAUUCGUGAAAUAUCUCUUUUAAAGGAGCUUCAUCACCCAAACAUUGUGAGCUUGGAAGAUGUCAUUCACUCUGAAAGGUGUUUAACUUUGGUUUUUGAGUUUAUGGAAAGGGAUUUAAAGAAAGUAUUGGAUGAAAACAAAACAGGAUUGCCGGGAAAUCAGGUAAAAUUAUAUUUAUAUCAGCUUCUGAGGGGAGUUGCUCACUGUCAUCAGCAUAGGAUUUUACAUAGAGAUUUGAAACCACAGAAUCUUUUGAUUAAUAGUGAUGGAGCACUUAAGCUGGCAGAUUUUGGACUUGCAAGGGCUUUUGGGAUUCCUGUUAGGAGUUAUACUCACGAGGUCGUAACUCUUUGGUAUAGGGCUCCAGAUGUAUUAAUGGGUAGUAAAAAAUAUUCAACUUCUGUUGAUAUUUGGAGUAUUGGAUGCAUUUUUGCUGAAAUGAUUACAGGUAAGCCUCUCUUCCCCGGCUCAUCAGACGAGGAUCAGCUUCUAAAAAUAUUUUCGAUACUUGGUACUCCAAAUCCUCGCGAUUGGCCACAAGUUCAGGAGCUGCCAUUGUGGAAACAAAGGACUUUUCAGGUCUUUGAAAAACAACCUUGGAAUAUAAUAAUUCCCGGCUUUUGCCAGGAAGGAAUUGAUUUACUUUCUAACAUGCUUUGCUUUGACCCAAAUAAAAGGAUUUCUGCGAGAGAUGCUAUGGACCAUCCGUAUUUUAAGGAUUUGGAUCCACAUAUUCUGAUGAUCUAA